AACCCGAUCAGUUGGCUAACUCAACCAGCUACAAUAACAGCUUAGUAGUUACCACUGAUCGACUAGGGGAGAUGGACACCAUGCCCAACACCACGCCCACUUCACAAUUUGAGUAUGCGCUGCUUGGCCAGGAUCCGACAGAUCAGCAUUGGUAUCGCGUAAGGCUAACACCGCUGGACAACAAAUCAGGUUAUCGCGCGCAGUUUUCAACGCGAAAAUCUCCGCCUUACAGUGCACAGCAGGCACACAAGCACGAUAAGACGAUCACAGAAUUGCUGAAUUUCCUAGAGAAAUCUGAGGAGCAUAAUCUGCUGAAGGCCUACGGACAGCUGCUGGCCAGCGAGGAGUACAACGAUCAGGAGGGCAAGAUUAAACAGAAUGUGGAUAAAAUUGAAAUUCAAAUGGAUAAUGAUGUGGACUUAAAAGGCCAUUUGAAGACCGAUCCGAACCAUCCUCUCAUUUUGGUGGGUGAAUUGGAUGGACCCACGAUCACUAAUAACCAAAGCGGUACUGAAUCGAAUACAGUGAAAAAUUUUGUAUACUUCAUAAAAGGCUUAAAGUGAAAGGCCAAUAGUUUUUUGUAAUGAAGCCCUAAG